AAAUAAGUACACUGCCACACUCACCUCCCAGCAGCGUCGCAGCAGUUCACAAGUCACAAAUGUACAGCAGAGAGGGGAUAGCGCUGCUUAAAACUUUCCCAUUCUCUUCGCGCCUUACACAUGGAUUGAAGGAAGCCAACCCAUUUUGUCUUCUUUACUAAUUUUUUCAGCCUUGCAGGUAAUGUGUUUGUUGUUGCGUUUUUGUUUCUGGGCAAAUAUUUCAUUUUCCCCCUUUGAUCAAUCCGAGCAUUUCGACAAAGAGCAAAGGAUUACCCGUUCGUUCUCUUUAUCUUCAGUAUAUAGGGUUAACACUUGUUAUUGAUCAAAAAGUGGAGAAAUGACUAAUAGAAGUGGUGGCAAUAGCAACUUAGGUUCUCUAUCUGUGUCUGAACAAGAUAAAGGAACUAAGAACAAGAGAAAAUUAGUUGAUCCUUCUCCAGAUAAUCCGAUUAACCAAUCUUCAUGUCUUACUGAAUUUCCUCGAUUCGAGCCAUCUUCAGAUAAAUCUCGGAACCCACAAAGUGAACUUGGCGGUUUGGAGGUGGGCUCCACUCAGCCUACUGACUGGGAUGGUGAUCCUGUCGAACUUCAACUUCAAGAACUAUUGAUGACUAACAUACACACAAUUUUCCAGAAUGCAAUUAAGCAGCUGGUUGAAAGUGGGUAUAAUGAGGAUAUUGCUCAAAAGGCCAUUUCAAGGCUCGGGCUGUACUAUGGGGAUAAAGACCUCGUGGCAAACAUAGUGAAUGAUGCUGUGACCUUAUUGAAGGAUGGGAAGGAAAAUAAUGGCAUAAGAGAUGUUGUGUUUGACAAUUUGCAACAAAUGGUAGAGUACACAAUGCUAGAGAUGGUUAAUGUGCUUAGGGAAGUUAAGCCCUCAUUGUCCACUGGGGAAGCAAUGUGGUGGUUAUUAAUAUGUGAUUUGAACAUUUCACAGGCAUGUGCAUUGGGAGGAGAUCUGCUGAGUGAAUUUAGUGUCAAAGAAAUCCCAGGAGAGAGCUCUUCAGAUUCUACUCUUUCCAAAUCAAGUUCAAAGUCCAAAAGCUCUGAACCUUUUCCCUCGAAUAACAAGGAGCCAAAUAUUUCAAAUUCUUCUCUAUUUGAUGCUCAAAGUUAUUCGCAAGGAACAGUAAAAUUUGGAAGUUUCCCAAAUUUGCCUGACCUCAAAAGUUCCUUUGGUCUUGAUGGGCUAAAACCAGAAAAGGAGAGUUUUCUUUCUGUGUCAGGAAGUUCUGAGAAAUCCUUGAGUACAACUACAUCCCAUAUAUCUGUCUCCGAGGGAAAAUUAAAAACAGGACGCAAGACACUCACCAAGAAAGAACUUGCAAUUUGGCAGAAAACCUUGAAUACAGAGAGGGCUCUGAGGAAUCAUGGUAAAUCAAUUUCCCAAUCUGGAAAAAUUACAAGUUUUGGUGGUUUUAUUUCAGAAAAGAGAAUGAAAUCUCCAUCUGAAUCACAUGGUCUCCGGACAAAAGGUUCUGUUUCAAAUGCAAAAGCCAAAGUUGAGAUGAAAGGAAGUCGUCAUGUUAUUACCAGUACUCCACCUGUUGUAUCUGCAUCAGUUGACUCUUUGAAAGAGGGGAUAAAAAAUGCUUCAGCUGCAGCAAAUACUGAACUCACAGUUUUGGGAAAGAAGCCUGUAUUGAAGCCAGAGGAGAACACCAUUUUGUUUCCAAAGAUAUCUGAUUAUUAUGCUGGAAUUCCAUAUGACAAAUCUGUGGGGAAGUAUGUCGCACAAGAUGAGAAAGAUGAAUUUAUUCUAAGGAUAGCUCCUCGGGUGCAGGAACUACAGAAUGAUAUCCAAAAUUGGACUCAGUGGGCCAAUCAGAAAGUUAUGCAGGCUGCUCGUAGGCUCAGCAAAGACAAGCCGGAGCUUAAAGCUCUCAAACUGGAGAAGGAAGAGGCAGAACAAUUUAAGAAAGAUAAGAAAGUCAUAGAGGAGAAUGCCAUGAAAAGGUUAGCAGAAGUGGAGUAUGCCUUGAUUAAUACUACUGGCCAGGUUGAGACAUCUAAUUCGAAUAUUCAGAAGCUUGAGGAGGAACAUUCUCUGCUGAAGCAGGCGUUGGAGGCUGCAAAAUUACAAGCUGCAGAGUCAGCCGUGAGUUGUCAGGAAGCGCUAGAGAGAGAGCAGAAGGCCCUGAAGGAUGCUCAAUCAUGGAAUGGGCAGAAGAGCUUGUUGCUGGAGGAGCUAGAAACUCAUAAACAAAAGGUGCUCACACUGCAAAGGAAUAUAGACAAGGCAGAAAAGAUACAGAACCAAUUUGAGGCCAGAUGGAAACAGGAGAGAUUGAUAAAGGAAAAAUGGCUUGCACAGGCUGCCUCCAUAAAGCAUGAAUGGGAACAACUUGAAGCUGCAAAAAAACUAGAGGAGGAUAUGAUAAGGCAAAAUGCAGAAAAUGACGUGAAGAAUUGUGUGGAGGACAUCAAAAGGCUUGAGAAAGAAAUAUCUGAUCUAAAGUUGAAGUCUGACGCCUCAAGAAUUGCUGCUCUUAAAAGGGGCAUUGAUGGAAACUAUGGCCUGUCAGGCAACUGGGCUGCUAACGUGAAUAUGAAGGGAAACCAAGACUCUAAUAACUUGGAAAACAUCGUGCAUUUCCAGGAAACUUUUGGAACUAGAGGUUUAAGAUGGGAGAGGGAGUGUGUCAUGUGCUUAUCAGAAGAGAAGUCAGUAGUUUUUAUCCCAUGUGCGCAUCAGGUCUUGUGCACAAAAUGCAAUGAACUCCACAAAGAAGAGGGGAUGAAGGACUGCCCUUCUUGUCGGACUCCUAUCAUGCGGCGGAUUCCAGCCCGCUUUGCUAAUCCAUGACAAUGAGCCUUGUACAUCUUUUUUUGCAGGAACAGGAACUGAGUUGAGAAAGCUAUGUUUUUAUACGAGAGAGUUUCAUUUUGUUCUUUUUGGGUCAUAAAUAGUUCGUAUAACUAGGAAAGAAAGAAAAAAAAAAGAAUGACGAAGAAGCAUGUAGAGAUGCUGACUUACCUUGUAAAUAGAGUCAAAAGCUUUUAAUCCAUAUAUGAAAUGUGAACCUUCUUUUUGCCUCA